CCGAGCCCACCCCCGCCUACGGGCACCGCCCCCCCCGGCACGCGAAGCGGUGGAGGGCGGAGCUGAGGCCGCGGGCGGAGGCUGAUGAGCUUGUGGGAGUCAAAGCAGAGCACGCAGAGAUGUUCUACCUGCAGAAGACAAGGAAACUUUUUGAGGCAAACUGGCUGCUACGGAGAUAUGCUGCAACCUGGAAGAGCUUGCCAGAAAAAGCUUCGUUUGCGAACAUACUGCGGAUGGAUCAUAAAACACUCACUAAACUGACUUUCCCCCUCCAGGAUCUGGAGAGAUAUCUUGUGUCCGGUGUGAACACUGAAAACUUCCGGAUCUUCAACCCCAGCCUGGAUUACAUCCAGUGGGCAGAGUUGCUUUUCAGACCCUCAAAAGACCACAUGAUUGAUUAUUUCAGUUCUGCCAUCCGCAUGGAUCACGUUCCACUACUGUCACAGCCUGAGGUGUGCUUUAUGGGCCGAAGCAACGUUGGGAAAUCCUGCUUAAUAAAGGCUUUAUUUUCUCUGGCUCCAGAAGUUGAAGUGAGAGUGUCAAAAACUCCGGUAGGUGCCGUUUUGGAAUUCCCUCCAUCUCAGUUGGAUGCUGGUGCCAUUCGGGGUCACACCAAGAAACUUAAUUUCUUCAAGGUGGGGAAAUGUUUUACAUUGGUGGACAUGCCUGGCUACGGAUACCGCGCCCCAGAAGACUUUACUGAGAUGGUGGAAGCCUAUCUACAAGAAAGGGAGAACUUGAAGAGGACAUUCUUAUUAGUGGAUGGUGUAACAGGAAUUCAGAAAGCAGACAAUAUUGCUAUAGAUAUGUUGGAAGAGUUUGGGAUCCCUUAUGCGUUCUAUAGAGUUUUUUGGGAUCCACCUGCUGAGGUGUUUUAUAGCACAUGUUACAGGAAAUCUACCCAUUACAGAGACCUGAUGACAACACACAUGUCCCUAACCACAACUAUCCUGUUGUACUCCCUUAUCCACCAUAAAAGAUCCUAAAGCCCUACGACUGGAUUUAUGAGUUUGUAAAUAAUAUAGAAUAUUGGAAUUAUUUUGAUUUUUUUUUUUUUUAACUCACUGUGUGGAAAGGUGGAAUCUUUGGUUUAAAUUAUUCCCAGAACAGAUUAUUUUUCAGAUUUCAACCAUUAUUAACGUCAUUAAAAUAUAAUAAACAUA